GUUUUGAUUUUGAUUUUGAUUCAUUGGGUUUUGUUUGAUUGUAGUGAUUUGUGAGAGUGAGAGAUAGAGAGAGAUGGAGAUUGAUCUAACACCGAAGUUGGCGAAGAAGGAGUAUGGAGGGAACGGAGGGGCAUACUAUGCAUGGUGUCCGAAUGAGCUCCCAAUGCUGCGUGAAGGCAACAUUGGAGCAGGCAAGCUUGCCCUUGAGAAGAAUGGCUUUGCCCUCCCUCGCUAUUCUGAUUCCGCCAAGGUCGCUUAUGUUCUUCAAGGUCAUGGUGUUGCGGGAAUCGUCCUUCCUGAGAAAGAGGAGAAGGUACUUGCAAUAAAGAAGGGUGAUGCUAUUGCCCUCCCUUUUGGUGUUGUCACAUGGUGGUAUAACAAAGAAGACACUGAACUUGUAGUCCUCUUCUUGGGUGAUACCUCGAAAGGCCAUAAAGCCGGUUCCUUCACCGAUUUCUUUCUAACGGGCUCCAACGGAAUCUUCACUGGCUUCUCAACUGAGUUUGUGAGCCGAGCAUGGGAUUUGGAAGAAAAUGUUGUGAAGACCAUGGUUGGAAAGCAAACAGGCAAUGGUAUUGUCAAGCUCGAUGCAAGUCUCAAGAUGCCUGAGCCAAAGAAGGAACAUCGUGAUGGGAUGGCAUUGAACUGUGAGGAAGCUCCAUUGGAUGUCGAUGUCAAGAACGGUGGAAGGGUGGUGGUUUUGAACACUAAGAACUUGCCUUUGGUCGGUGAGGUUGGACUAGGUGCUGAUCUUGUUAGGUUGGAUCCCAGUGCAAUGUGCUCUCCUGGUUUCUCUUGUGACUCGGCUCUGCAGGUGACUUAUAUUGUCAGGGGUAGCGGCCGUGUUCAGGUUGUUGGGAUUGAUGGAAAACGUGUCUUGGAGACAACUCUCAAGGGCGGCAAUUUGUUUAUUGUGCCGAGGUUUUUUGUGGUUUCGAAGAUUGGUGAUCCGGAUGGCAUGGAGUGGUUCUCUAUCAUCACCACGCCUAAUCCUAUUUUCACACAUUUAGCAGGAAGUAUUGCAGCAUGGAAGGCCCUGUCCCCUCAAGUGAUCCAAGCUGCUUUCAACGUUGGAUCGGAUGUAGAACAGCAAUUUCGCGAUAAGAGGGCUAAAGAAGCCAUCUUCUUUCCUCCUCCAAAAUAAGAAAAGAAAAAAAAAAAAGCACUUUAUUUUUAUUUUAUUUUAUUUUAUUUUAAAGUUUUGAUCAAUUUAAUAAUUUUUUUAGCAUUUUUUAAAUGAUUUUGUGGUUUUGGUAUU